CUUGAGGGGCGGCCAGGGUGAAUAUUAGGCAGAGUGACUCGAACAAGUGUCGCUGAGGUUUUAACCCCAACCACAGGAAAGCAAGAAGACAGAGAGACAAGAAGAAGUUUCACCUUUGUGAGAGUCAGUCUACAGGAUGGGGAAUAAUAAGAGCAGCGCUUUGUCAAAAGAACUCCUGCAGGAGCUGAAAUCCAACACGAAAUAUUCAGAGUCCGAGCUCAGCACCUGGUACCAGUCCUUCCUGAAGGAGUGUCCCAGCGGGAAGAUCAGCAAGCAGCAGUUUGAAGGCAUCUAUGCCAGCUUCUUCCCAAACGCAGACCCCACAAAGUACGCACAGCACGUGUUCAGGAGUUUCGACACCAAUGCAGAUGGCACUUUGGACUUUAAGGAGUACAUCGUUGCUCUGCACCUCACAUCCGGGGGAAAGACUAUGCAGAAGCUGGAGUGGGCCUUUGCCCUGUACGACGUGGAUGGGAAUGGAACCAUCAGCAAAAAUGAAAUGCUAGAGAUUGUUAAGUCAAUAUUCAAUAUGAUUCCUGCUGACGACCAAAAGAACCUCCCAGAGGAUGAAAACACGCCGGAGAAGAGGGCGGACAAAAUCUGGGAAUUCUUUGGGAAGAAGGACGACGAUAAAAUCUCAGAGGGAGAAUUCAUUCAGGGUGUGAUGGACAACAAGGACAUCCUGCGGUUGAUACAAUACGAUGAGCCUCAGAAAAUCAAAGACAAACUGAAAGAGAGGAAGAAUUAAUAUAUGUGGUUUUAAGAUUUUUUUUCUUCUUCUGUUUACAUUUUAACAUGAUCUGGCUGCUUGUCCGCUUGACUCACAUCUCUCUUUUUUCUUUUUUAGAUUGAUUCAUUUUUUGGUCUUAGCAACCAGCUGAACAUUGCAUUUCUGUCUUUGUAACCAGAAAGCAAUUAAAUAAUUGCAUUUCAUACCAGAUGCAGAGGAACUCUUGAAAUGGCAAUUUAAGACCUGAGUUUGACAUUUUGUGCAGUUACAAAUAUGUAGUAAACAACAUUGUUAGACUGCCCUACAAAGCCAAAACACACACAGAUUUAGUCAAAAUUGACCAGGAUGAAAUACCUUACCAUAGGAAAUACAAUGUUAUACCAUGAGUGUAUAAUUUUUUGGAAAACAGCACAUAAAGAACUUAAGAACUAGAAAACAAGGUCAAAACUGACAGCGACUGCAUUCUGGCUAGUUAAGGCUACAGUAUCUCGUAAGAUAGCGUUAGCCAAAGCUAAUUUACACACUUAUUUCUAGUUUCUAGUUAAAAUAAAUACAAGCUGAUGUUCUAACAUAUGAGUUUGUAACACCACAUUAAUUAAAAGACUAAAUCUUACAUUAUAAUAGAGAAAAACAGAUGAUAAGCAAAAAUAUUAAUUAAUGUGAUUUCAUGUGGCUAAGAUACUUAUAAAUUACAUUUAUUUGUAUGGAAAUUAAACAUGAAUGCAUUAGCUCAAAUAGACAAGAAAGCUAUAGAAGAAACGAGAAACUAUUCUAAUGGAGAGAAAAAUGAGUAACACCAGAUAAACUAGUCUGGCUAAACAUUAAAUAGCCUAGCUAGCAGGGAAGCAGGAACUACCAUCUCGGCUGCCUUUGACUCUAGUGAAAUCCACGUGACUAAGAUAGGCCUACCUUUAAAUCACAUAUUUUGCAUUGAAUUAAAGAUUAUUUUAUUAGCUCAAAUGCACAAGAUAGCUGAAGAAGAACAAAAACAUAACAUAAUUGAGAGAAAAAAGCAAUGCCAGAUAAACCAGUCCAGCUAAACAAUAAUUAGCUUAGCUAGCAGAGUAGCAGUAACUGCAGUCUCUGCUGCCUCUGACUAGUGAAAUUGAUGUGAUUUAAUAUUGUUAAACUACAUUCAAAUCAUAAUUUUGAGUUUAAUUUAACAUUAGCUCAAAUGGACAAGAGAGCUGAAGAAGAAACAAACAACACAUUUACAUUAGUCUGUAAAUACUGUUUUCCCAGCGCCCAAUAGUUUUUUUUAGGUUUUUUGUAAGGACAAUGACACUUUUUAAGCAUAAAAAGGCAUACAAUUUUACAACUUGUAUAUCUGUUACACAGUUCAGCGAAGUGUUUUCACUUUCACUGCUUCUGUAUUUGCCUAUAAAGGACUCUGUAUCCUGACUUGACAGACAUACAGCACAAACUCAGGACCACUCCUGCCAACACACAGCCAAUUUACUCUCUCACGUCUGGUCCAUGCAAUGUUUUUUUCCACACUUGAAUUCAUUCAUUAGGUUGAUAGCAAGAAAGUCAGUACGAGAGCUCCUUAUGAGAGGAAUUAGGCUCAGGUUAACAAUCUGCCUGUAUCAGCCAAUCCUAUUAGGAGCUGAAGGUCACUGAGAUAAACAACCUCCUUACUCAAAGGUCUCGUUAGGAUAAUGUGGGCAUGAAAUGAUGAAGAAUACUUUGCUGGACAUCACUUUUAUUUCUAAUUAUACUAAUAUUCUUAGGCAAGCUAUAAGUAAUAAUGGAUGUGUUACUGCAAAAGAUUAGAAAAAAAAUACUAUGACGCUGAGUAUUUUAAGCAUGGAAUACGCAAUGACAACAGUGUAUAUUCACUGACAACAUUGGCCUUCUACCACAUAGUUAGAUGGUAAUCAAUGACAAGGAUAGAAUAUAACUAUAUGUACAUUUUGUGUUAUUUUUUCAGCCUGUUUUUGAAAUCACUUUUAUUUCAAGGUACCCUGUCGAGUUUUCUAAUGCUUCUUGUGUAUCCUUGAGGCCUACAAACGUGUUGAAUGCAUGUCGUUCCUCAAUAAACAUUUGCAAAAAUGA